AUGAAGUACAAUUUCACUGGCAAGUCCGUUCUGGUCACCGGGUCGUCGUCGGGCAUCGGCGAGGCGAUUGCCAAGCGUUUCGCCGAGUACGGCGCCAAUGUCACCGUCACGGGGCGUAAUGCCGACAAUGUGGCUCGAGUGGCCGCCGCCUGCUACCAAAUAUCGCCCUACAAAAUUAGACCUCAAGAAGUGAUCGCCGACCUGACCAUCGAAGCGGACGCCAAGCGUUUGGUGAAGGACUGCGUCGACCGCUUCGGCCGCCUCGAUGUGCUGGUGAACAAUGCCGGUUUUGCGCUGAUCACCUCCGUUCUCGAUCCGCAGUCGCUGACCAACUUUGACAAGGUCAGCAGUCUGGACGUUCGCUCCGUCGUCAACGUCACCUUGAUGGCGACGCCCCAUCUGAUCGAGUCCAAGGGCAACAUUGUCAACAUUUCCUCGAUUUGUGGGCUAAAACCGCUCGCUGGCUUCUACGCGUACUGCAUGGCAAAGGCAUCAGUUGACAUGUUCACCAAGUGCAUUGCACUGGAGUUGGGGCCAAGCGGCGUUCGUGUGAACUCAAUCAACUCCGGUGGCGUCAAGUCGAACUUCUUCAACGCCAUUGGCAUGACCAAGGAGCAGGUGGCGGCGCAGGAGGAAAUGCUGCGCAGCUCCUCGCCGAUCAACCUGCUCGGUGAGCCGACGGACAUUGCCGACAUGGUCAUCUUUGUGUGUUCCAAUGACGCCAAGUACAUCACCGGCAGCAAUCUGGUGGUCGAUGGAGGCACUCUGCACAGCGCACUCGCUGUCGCUAAAUAA